AUGACGGGGGGGAGGACGUGGAUGUCCGGUGCUCCGUGUGAUAAAAAAAAGCCAUGUCCCGACUUUACCAAAUGUAAAUGUACAUGUUGUAAAAAGAAAUGUGCAGAGCAGGCUGACAAGUGCAGUCCCCCCGCUCCCCCUGCUCCACAGCUUCCCCCUGAUUCCUCCCAUGCUGAGUCUGAUUCUUUCAGUCAACCGCAACCGUUCAUUUCCGAAGAUCACAUCCAAGAAAGCAAUUCCCCCUCUAACCCCCAAGCCAUCGCCGCCGUCAUCGUUGCCAUCAUCGUCGCCAUCAUCCUGCUCGACCUGUGCAUCUUCCGCUUUCCGGUGGGCCGCAACAUCCGCGAUUUCCUCGUACGCAAGAUACCCUUCUGCAUCGCGUUCUACAGCUGA